AUGGCCGCAAACAUAACAGGCACCUCGCCAACAUCAGACAACAAUCUCAUCCGUCCAGUAGCUUGCAAGCGAUGUCGGGGUCGUCGUACCUACUGCUCCAAAGAGCAGCCUGUGUGUGCAAGCUGCAGAGAAGGUCGACAUGAGUGUGUGUACGAGUCCGGUCGAAAGAUCGCAGUAUCGGAGAGUUAUCUACGAGAUCUCGAAGCAAAGUUGAAAGCAUACGAAGCAAGUCCUCCGAUUCCAACUCCGCAAAGCUCUUCAUGUAUCGGGAAGCGAACUGAUUCGGACCUGGAUGUCAAUCCUCUCAUGGACAACUUUGCCAACCUUGUCAUGAGCCCAUCCGGUAAACACCAUUACCUGGGAAGUUCUUCAUCAACAGUCCUAGGCAGACGCUUCAACGAUAUUGUAGGCAUCACGAGUCCAGGCUUCGACCUUGAUCGAGAAUACUCGACCUACAAUCAUUCUGCACUACGACUUAGGCGCCUUUCAAUCGUGGACAACGUCCAGCUUCCACCUGCUGCGUUUGCAAAACGACUCUACAUGGCACAACACAGUUACAUCGGCACCAUCUUCGCAUUUUGUACACCCGAGAUGUUUGAGGAACAACUACAACAAGCAUAUAGAGGCCCUCCAGAUGUUGGAGACAGAGAAGCUUGCCUUGCAUAUUGUCAGACGCUUCUGGUCUUGGCCUUUGGUCAACUUUACUCAGUGAACCAAUGGUCUGGCUUUGACGGUCCUCCUGGCUUCGACUAUUUCACCCAAGCCCUGCAGUAUCUACCAGACAUGUAUGAAGAAGGCUCUGUUUUGUUCGUGGGCGUCUUGGCGUUGAUCGGAUAUUUCAUGCAGAAUCUCAGCCGACGAGAUGCCGCCUUUUUGUACGUUGGAACUGCAUUGAGAAUGGCAAUAUCACUUGCUCUGCAUCAAGAAGUACCGGAUCCACGUCUUGAUGAGGCCAGUAAAGAGCAACGUCGGCGGAUAUGGUGGAGCGUGUACAGUCUUGAUCGCAUUUUAUGCGUGAAGAGUGGCAACCCUCUGACCAUUGACGACCAAGACAUUGCUGUGAAGCUGCCGAACAGGCUGAGCAAUGAGCCUGAAUACUGCCCUGCAGUGUGUCUACGACACUAUACCCAAUUAUCACGCAUCCUUGGACGAAUUAUGAAAACCAUUUACAGAAAAACACCGAAGAGCGGUUCAACGCUGAUUGCCUCUGUCUCCGAGAUCAUGACCUCCCUUUCAACAUGGCACAGAGACUUGCCUGAUCAGCUUCGGUUCGACCCUGCGAAGCUCAAUGUGUCUCGAGAGUCAGUCUCGACAUUCUUGCACUACCAUCAAUGUAUCAAUCUCACCGCUCGACCUCUUCUCUUCCACGUCGUUGAGAAACGUCUCCAAGGUACUGCUGACGAUCUUGGGAAAGACUGGAAGGACGGACUCUCCCCCACGACUAUUGCUGUGAUCGACAUGUGCGUCUCAGCGGCGAAAGACUCUGUCACUAUGAUGACUUUUGCAGCACAGAAAGAUCUGGUAGCGACCUACGGCUACAUGGAUGGUGAACACGCUUUUUCUGCAGCCAUUGUUCUUGUCAUGAUUUGCGUUGCCUUCCCUGCAACCAGAUCAGAGAUCACAGCUAUGGACCAAGCCCUUGAACUGUUACGAGGCAUGGCUGACAGAGGGAAUACUCACAUCGCUGCCAGAUGUCAAUUGUUGUCGCAUCUACGAUCUAUGAUUUCGCAUCCUUCUACCACCAUCGCCUCGACUCCUCCUGCCGCGGCAAUACCCCAACAAAACACGACUUUCGUGGACGUCGACCAAAUGUUGUCGUAUGAGGCUGGUGAUGUUGACUUUGGACUCUGGGAAGAAGGCUACACAAAUCCCGACCUCGACAUCGACUUUGAUUUGACACAAUGGACGCAGGCGGCCCAGAACACCUACGGUGUAGGGCCGAUGUGA